AGGGGCAGAGAGAGAGAGAGAGAUUUAUUUCCACAGCUGAGUGCACCCCCCUCUCCCCUGGCUUUGCGUGGAUCUGUGCGAGACGGUGGAGGUGGAGUGAGAAAAGAACAGAGGGAAGGGUGAAAGGAAGAAGGGAAUAAAGGGAGUAGAGGCGGAGGAGUGUGGAAAUGGAUGCCCUAGCUCUAGAAGCAACCAGCCCCAAGAAGACGGCCAACGGGUCAGCGGCGGCCGCAGUGGCGCCACCCGCAGUCCCGGUGAAACGUAAGCCUGCGAAAAAAGCUAAAAAAGCUGUUGUUUUCUUUGAGGUGGAGAUACUGGAUGCCAAGACUAAGGACAAACUCUGCUUCCUGGACAAGGUUGAGCCAAAUGCCACUAUAGGGGAGAUUAAGUCUAUGUUCCACAAGACCCAUCCACAGUGGUACCCAGCCAGACAGUCCAUUCGGCUUGACCCCAAGGGGAAGUCACUUAAAGAUGAGGAUGUUCUCCAGCAUCUCCCAGUGGGAACAACUGCAACCUUUUACUUCAGAGACCUUGGAGCACAGAUUAGCUGGGUCACCGUCUUCCUGACAGAGUACACUGGUCCACUGCUCAUCUACUUGCUGUUUUACUUCCGAGUUCCCUUCAUCUACCCACCUAAAUAUGACUUCACCACCAGUAAACACUGGGUCGUUCAUCUCGCCUGUAUGUGUCACUCCUUCCACUAUGUAAAGAGACUGCUUGAGACUCUCUUCGUCCAUCGCUUCUCUCAUGGAACCAUGCCAUUACGUAACAUCUUCAAGAACUGUACGUACUACUGGGGCUUUGCUGCAUGGAUGGCUUAUUAUAUCAACCACCCAUUGUACACGCCACCCGUCUAUGGUGAACAACAAAUCAGACUGGCCCUCAUUAUAUUCCUGUUUUGUCAGAUCGGCAACUUCUCCAUUCACAUUGCGCUUCGGAACCUCCGCCCUCCAGGGUCCAAGACCAGGAAGAUACCAUACCCGACAAAAAAUCCCUUCACCUGGAUCUUCCUGCUGGUCUCUUGCCCCAACUACACAUAUGAGCUGGGAUCAUGGCUGGGCUUCACAGUGAUGACCCAGUGUCUGCCUGUGGCCUUCUUCACCCUGGUGGGCUUCAUUCAGAUGACUGUUUGGGCCAAGGGGAAGCAUCGCAGCUACCUCAAGGAGUUCCGCGACUACCCGCCUCUCCGUUCACCCAUCCUGCCCUUUAUUUUGUAGAGGACUUUGCAGCAACCCUCCCCCCCCGCCCAUAAUAGGAGCCAAGUACCAAUAUUCCCUUUUCUUUUAAUCCUGUACCAAAAUGAUGUUUUGCCCCUCAGUCCUUGUAAUGUUUAAGGGAAACGAUCAUUAUUGCUCUGGCUUUACUGUUAACAACCCAUUCUGAUCGCUGUUGUGGCUUAUAUGUGUAGUCUCAUUUUGAGCAAGUCACAUGUAGAGAGACAGGUCUAACCACUCAUCUCAUCAUUUCUAACUCGGCGUUGUCAUUUUGGCUGAGUGUGCAUUUAGUGAAGAUAUGGUACAAGAAUAAUUUUUUUCAUUCUGAGGUAAUUUAUUAAAAAAAAGUUGAAACAAAUUGUUGUCUCGGACUUGUGUAAAAGGGAUUGCCUGCAUCAGCUUUACAGUAAAUGACUGGCUUCACCUCAAAGCCAGUCUGUCCUGUCCCAAGCCAGAACAUGUCUUAAGAACAUGUUGCACUAUCUAACAGUUAUAAAGGUGUGUUCCAUCUUCAGUUCAGUUUUUCUCAUCAAUUUGUCUUCUGGAAAUGUCAGAAAUGUUAUCAUUAGUACCAAUAAUGGUCUUCUAGUACCCCCCCGUAUUGUUUUCAAUGGGAGAUUUUCACUAUAAAUUUAAAUAAAUCAUUG